AUGAACGAACGAAAUGCGUUGAAAGAUCAAUGCGAAAGAUACGCGUACGGCGCAAUUGGCGGGCGAGAAGAUGCAUUAGCGGUGAAAACAAGCUACGAGAAGGAAUUUCAACAAAUAGGUCGUAAUGCCAUGCCUUUAAUAGCCACUUUUUUGUUACAGUUUUCGCUUUCAUCUGUCACUAUUUUGUUUGUCGGAAGACUUGGAGCAGUAGAACUGGGCGGUGUUUCGUUGGCAAAUGUCACUUUCACAGCGACUUCGGCCGUUUUUGUGGGAAUGGCAACAUGCUUGGAUACUUUGUGUCCACAAGCUUACGGUGCAGGGCAGUAUAAGCUGGUUGGGCUGUAUUUCCAACGAGGACUUGCCAUUAACGCUGUUUUCUCGAUCCCAAUUGCCCUUCUUUGGUGGUUUUCAAAGAGCAUUUUAUGCAAAAUAGUAGACGAUAUGCGACUCGUGGAAAUCGCUGCCAGGUAUCUACGAAUCAUGGUUGCGUGCAUCCCCGGGUACAUUACGUUCGAGUGCGGUAAAAAAUAUCUACAGGCCCAAAACGAUUUCACCACAGCGCAAAACAUUUUGUUCGCUUGUGCGCCUUUGAAUGUGCUAUUCAACUACCUGUUUGUUUUCAAAUUUGGUUGGGGGAUUGUAGGCGCACCAAUUGCGACGACGACAACAUACACGCUAAUGGGCGUUUCGAUCAUAUUUGCCGUGCUACGUUUAAAUUGGACGAAACGCGAAAUUCAUUGCUGGUCUUCACUUAAAGAUUGGCGAGAAAUAUUCAAGAGUUGGGAUUCUAUGAUUUAUUUGGCCGUCCCGGGAAUUAUCAUGAUUGAAGCAGAAUUCUUGGCGUUUGAAACUCUUACUGUGCUGUCUGCUAAAUUUGGUACUGAGCUUCUAGCGGCCCAAUCGGUAGCUGCGUCCAUUCAAUCUUUGACUUUCCAGGUUCCCUUUUCUGUCAGUGUCGCGGCGUCCAAUAGGAUUGCAUACCAUAUAGGCACUGGUAAUUCGCAUAAUUGUAAAGUCGCUACGCGGACGACAUUACUUCAAUUUGGGUCGCUGAUUGGUGUGGUGAAUUUUCUGAUUUUGGUAUUGGGACGGAAUAGAAUUUGUUCGUUUUUCACCAGAGAUACUGCCGUCCAGCAAGCUGCUGCCCAGAUAUUACCAAUAAUUGGUAUCAAUCAACUUUAUGAUGCGUUCAACGUCUUGGCUGCCGGAUGUCUCAGGGCACAAGGACGUCAAAGAGUUGGUGGAUAUCUAAACAUCGUGGCGUAUUAUGCAAUAGGGUUACCAUUGGCACUAAUUAUGGGCUUCCAUUACAAGCUAGGUCUGCAAGGUUUCUGGAUUGGACUUGGCGUCGGUAUUUUAAUUCUGGCGUUAGGCGAGCUAUACUGCAUACAAAAGUCCAACUGGGCUGGCAUCAUCCACAGUUCUCAUCUGCUACAUCAAGAAGUUUGA